CACCCAAAUGUGCCAAAUUGGGGGGCCACCCAGCCCAAAAAGUCAAGGAAGAUCUUUCCCAAAUGGAAUCCAGGAUCUGGUUUGAGGAAAUGUAACAAGGAUAAAUCCUUCAGGAUGGUGGAGGAAGCUGGAAAAUCACAUUUCCAGCAAGAACCUCCUCUGUCUUCUGGUCUACAAGAGGGAUACAACCAUAGUGCCAUAAUGAAGACCUAUUCCUCCGAGUCAGUGAUUCCCCAGUCUCCGAGUCCUUUUCAGACAUCGCCUUCUUUCCUAUCCUUAUCUGCAAGUGGAGUAUCUCAAAGAAGUGCAACAAGGGUGAACCGAGGAAGCCGAGAUUACACGACCAUAAUAACAAGGAGGAAAACGGAUGAUCAGGUAGAACAAUGUCAGAAGCGGAUCUGCAUAAACAGCUUUGAUGAGUCAAAGGGCACCAAUUCCCUGGAAAUUGAUGGUUUGGAGCUUGUUCGGAAAGCCAUUGAAAAGGAAAGAGAGGAGAAGAUUGAACAAUUGGAGCGAAUGGUCUUGGGCCUCCAGAGAGAAGUCCUUGCUUUGAAGCAGAAGGUGCAGCACCUUGAAGCUGCCUCCCUUCAGGAGCAGAAACCUCCAUGCCAACCUUGUGAGGUCUCUGAACUAUUCAAUGGAUACACAAGGGACCAACUCAAAGAGGCCAUCCGGUUUGACCAAAAAAUCAGCACUGCUUGUAAAACCCUCCUCUACAAGCUCUUCACAUCAGAUUAUAUCCAAAGUCAUUCCAUCACUGGGAGGCGAGGGAAUACAUUCCGGGAAGCUAAGCCCAUGAUGGAUGAGAGGUGCAUCAAAAUAAUCAGAGUGUUGCUGAAGCAGAAGUUUGGGGACCAUCUGAGUGAUACAGUGAUCACUGAGAAGAUCCAAAAUGUGCAGAAAGCCCUAAGGCAGAAAUUUAAAACUGAAUGUAUCUGAUUCUCCAGCAAACAGGCAUAUCCCAACCCGUAGCCAGGUUGUUAACCAGAGCGGCGUACAGGGAGCGUACUAUUCCUUUGUUGUGCCAGCUCCACUGGCUGCUGAUCAGCUUCUGGGCACAAUUCAAAGUGCUGUUUUUAACCUUUAAAGCCUUGAACGGUUCUGGCCCAGAUUACCUGUCCAAACAUAUCUCCUGUUAUGAACCAUCACAAAGCUUAAGAUCAUCAGGAGAAGCCCUGCUCUCGAUCCCAUCACUCUUGCAAACGUGGUUGGUGGGGACGAGAGACAGGGCCUUCUCGGCAGUGGCCCCCCGUCUGUGGAACUCUCUCUCUAAGGACAUCAGGUUGGCCACCCCCCUCCUGUCCUUUAGAAGACAACUGAAGACUUGGCUUUGGGACCAGGCAUUCAACUAGAGGUUAGCAGCAACUUGGAUAGGAAAUUUUUGAACAUUGCGACAUUGGAUUUACCUGGCUGGAUCUUGGUUUUAGUGGCACAUUAUUAAAUAAUAAUAAAUAAGGCUUUAAAGUAUAAUUACAUUGCUGUCACAAAAACUUUGGAAUCUCUAUUGAGUUGAUAUCAUCCUAAAUAUUUCCUAUCAUCCACUCUUUCACACUGUGGAAGUAUAACACUAUGAUUCCACUUUAAACUCCAUGUCAACAACCUAUGGAUUCAUGAGAUUUGCAUGUAGAAGAGGAAUAUUGAGAACUCUCUGCCACAGAGUUCUAGUUUCUCUAUACUACAAAUCCUAGGAUUUUAUGGGAUGUUGCCAUGGCAGUUAAAGUGGAAUCAUAGCGCAUAAUGCAGUAUAUAAAAAAAUAAAGUUAUU